UCGAAAAUCUAAUUAAAUCUUUCGGAAGAUAUUUCAAUUUCAAACCGUGAAGACUGCAAAGAAAAUUAUCAGUGAAUUUGUGUUCUAAUUUAACGAUAUCCAGUUGCAUUUGCAACUUGCAGAUUUUAUCUGGGUACAACGAAGACGAAAGAAACGCAGACAAGAAACGAUACCAAAAUUGAAUCUGGACAGACGUAAAAGAUGGCGACGAGCCGUACAAGUCGCAUACAACAAACGAAAAACAUAAGUUCUAUAUUUUCCAAGCUCCAUGCCUCGUUCUCGGAGGCAUGUGGGCCCCAACGCUUGUCCACCGACAAGAAGACCCUCGAGAAAACCUGGAAAUUAAUGGACAAGGUGGUCAAAUUGUGUCAGCAGCCGAAAAUGAAUCUGAAGAAUAGUCCACCCUUCAUAUUGGACAUUCUGCCCGAUACGUAUCAACGGUUGCGUCUGAUCUACUCCAAGAAUGAGGACCAGAUGCAUGUGCUACACAACAACGAACACUUCAAUGUGUUCAUCAAUAAUCUGAUGCGAAAGUGCAAGCAGGCCAUUAAGCUAUUCAAGGAGGGGAAGGAGAAAAUGUUUGACGAGAACUCACAUUAUCGUCGCAACUUGACCAAACUAAGUUUGGUCUUUUCACAUAUGUUGAGCGAAUUGAAGGCUAUUUUUCCCAACGGGGUCUUUGCCGGAGAUCAGUUUCGAAUUACAAAAGCAGAUGCAGCGGAGUUUUGGAAAUCAAACUUUGGCAAUAGUACUCUGGUGCCUUGGAAGAUAUUUCGUCAGGAAUUGAAUAAAGUACAUCCCAUAUCGUCGGGUUUAGAAGCAAUGGCCUUGAAAACGACCAUCGAUCUUACGUGCAACGAUUAUAUAUCGAAUUUUGAAUUUGAUGUGUUUUCGCGACUCUUUCAACCCUGGGCCACCCUACUGAGAAAUUGGCAAAUAUUAGCCGUAACCCAUCCCGGAUACGUGGCAUUUCUGACUUACGAUGAAGUCAAAGCUCGCCUACAACGUUACAUACACAAGGCCGGAAGUUAUGUUUUUAGAUUGUCGUGUACACGAUUAGGCCAGUGGGCAAUUGGCUAUGUGACUGCAGAUGGUGAGAUCCUACAAACAAUACCACAAAAUAAAUCACUUUGUCAAGCGUUACUGGAUGGUCAUAGGCGAGGUUUCUAUUUGUAUCCCGAUGGCAAAGCCUAUAAUCCAGAUUUGUCUUCAGCUGUACAGAGUCCAACUGAAGACCAUAUUACAGUUACCCAAGAGCAAUAUGAACUUUACUGUGAAAUGGGAAGUACUUUCCAACUAUGUAAGAUAUGUGCAGAAAAUGACAAAGACAUACGAAUUGAACCUUGCGGCCACUUGUUGUGCACACCAUGUUUAACAUCGUGGCAGGUGGAUUCAGAAGGACAGGGUUGUCCAUUCUGUCGUGCUGAAAUCAAAGGCACCGAACAAAUUGUGGUUGACGCAUUCGAUCCACGUAAACAACACAAUCGCAGUACUACCAAUGGACGCCAUCAAGCAAACGAUGAUGACGACACUGAGGUAUAGUUUACAGAUGAUUAGUUAUUAAGUUUAUUUUGUUUAUGAUUUCAAAAGUUAUUAUAUACAAAGAAAUACACCG